CGGGUUGCCGUUACCGAGAUCGGCAACGGCGGCUACGAAAGGAUAUCGCCAAAUAUUUUAGCUCACAAUAUCGUCAAAGAUAAGUGUUUAGGAUAAAGAUAGAAACUAAAUGAGUAUUUAAGAUUUUAAGAAAAAAGGGAACUGUAGAGUUGCCUUGACAGAAGGGGAAAGCAUUAUCAUGAAGAAUCUGGUUUAUAUAUAAAUGGAAAUGACAGAUCGAUGUAUCAGUUCACCACCAAUCCAUAUCCUUCAUAAACUCAAGUGGUCCCUUUCUCUGGACAUAUCCACGUCUCCCUCCUCACAAAAUAAGACCAAUGCCACACUCUGGUUUGUGUGUCGUCUUCUCUUUAAUGCUCUCUCUUUUGUUCAUUCUCUCUAUAAAACACAACAAGACAUGAGGGUUUUUUGUAAGAACUUGCCUGAGUUGAUCCAAUGCGGCUGCUAUUAUCAUCUGAUCCCCAACCCCAACUUACCUCUACAUGUACGUCCCAGAGUUGUGGCUGGAAGCCUUACUCUCAUUCCAAUGACUUUGCCGCCAACGCCUCGAUCCUCCUCAUCAUCAUCUUCUCUUCUCUCGUCUGCGUUUUCUCUCUCCACGCUGCCAUCCGUUGUUGCCUCCGUCCAGUCCUCCAACAUGACCCUAAACCUGAUCCUGACCCUGAUGAGGCCUCCCUUUCGGAACUUCCCCCGACACUUGUUUACUCCCCCGGAAUGAACUUGGCAGGCACCGAAGCAGAGUGCAUCAUUUGUUUGUCUGAAUUCCAGGACGGUGACACCCUACGCGUGUUGGACAGAUGCAAACAUGGAUUCCACGUUCAUUGCAUCCAGAAGUGGAUCUCCUCCCACUCCUCUUGUCCCACUUGCCGGGCAAACAUCUUCUCCUCCCCACCUCAACUUCACUCACAGAGCAUACAACUAACAAGUACAGCUUAGUCAAUUGGUAGCUACCUGGUUUUGGCGUCUUGCCCACUUUUUUUCCUCUUUAUUGUCUUUACCACAUCACACCUUUAUCAUCUUUUCCAAGUUAGUCUAUUUCGUUUUAUAUUUCCAUGAAAUCAUAAAAAUCGCACACACGCAGGAUAUUGAUGUUAAGUCAAUUUUUGUGAA